AUGCGCCCAGGUGCGACCAAGUACUUACUAUCACGCAGUCUUUACCUUGUCUCUUUCGUAGACCUGCUUUUAGUUUCCGUCCAAACCUCGCUCAACCCAUAUAUCACGUCGUCUUUUCACAAGCAUGGGCUCCUCACCGUUGUCAGCAUCAUGUCUACCAUUCUCGGCGGCUCCUCGAAGCUCACUCUAGCCAAGAUUAUUGAUAUCUGGGGCCGUGUUGAGGGCUUCUUAUUUAUGCUUCUGAUCGUCGUAAUAGGUCUGAUAAUGAAAGCCACCUGCAAAAACAUCGAGACCUACGUCGCGGCACACACACUGUAUUGGGUGGGACAUAUUGGGAUGAUGUAUGUGGUUGAUAUCAUGCUGGCGGAUAUGACCACCCUCAAAAACCGAAUGAUUAUGCUCGGUAUCAACGGAACCCCGAGUAUCGCGAGCACAUUUGCUGGGCCUCGGAUCGCGAAUCUAUUCUAUAUCAACCUCGACUUUCGCUGGGCAUUUGGUGCCUUCGCGAUCAUGAUAACUGGUACCUCCAUCCCUGUUGUGGGUGUUAUGCUGUACAUGCAGCGGAGAGCCCAUAAGGUUGGUGCUCUCGAGAAGACAGUCUCUGGCAGGACCUGGUGGCAAUCUCUUGUCCACUAUUUCAUCGAGUUUGACGUGAUUGGAAUCGUCUUGAUAACGGCGGUGUUUUCCUUGAUCCUUCUCCCCUUCAGUCUUGCCUCGUAUGCCCCCAAGGGAUGGGCCAGUGGAUAUAUUAUUGCGAUGGAAGUGCUUGGGGUGGUUUGCAUCCCGGCAUUCUACGCAUGGGAGCGAUACCUUUCCCCUGUCCAAUUUCUCCCUUGGAAAUACCUCAAGGAACCGACUAUCAUUGGUUCCUGUCUUCUGUAUUGUGUCAUGUUCAUCUCGUGCUUCGCCUGGAACAGCUACUUCAGCUCGUAUCUCCAAGUCGUCCACAGACUCGACAUAACAACCGCCAACUACGUCCUUAACGCCUUCUCGCUAACCUCCUACAUCUUCAGCCCAAUCUUCGGCCUUCUAAUCCGCUACACUGGCGAAUUCAAAUGGACCGUCUUCACCGGCAUCCCCAUCCUCCUCCUCGGCACAGCACUACUAAUCCCCUUCCGCCAACCCAACACCCACGUCGGCAUCCUAACCAUGACCCAGAUCCUCGUUGGCCUGGGCACCUGCAUAUUCACCGUCUGCGGCCAGCUCGCCAUCAUGGCGCCCGUAACGCACCAGGAGAUCGCUGUGGUUAUGGCAAUCUGGGGCUUGUUCGGGUCCAUCGGUGCGGCCGUCGGGUCUGCCAUCGCCGGCGGCAUGUGGAAUAAUAUCCUCCCCGGCGAGCUGUACAAGAGACUCCCUGAGGACAGUAAGCAUAUAAGUCGUACUAUCUUUAGUAAUAUGGUGAUGCAGAUGUCGUAUGCGGAUGGCUCCCCGGAGAGGGACGCGAUUGUCGGCGCUUAUGCGGACGUCCAGAGGAAGAUGGUUAUCGCGGGUGUGUGUUUUGUGCCGCUUUGUAUUGGGUGUGUUUGGGUCUGGAGGAAUAUUAAUGUGAAGAAGUUGGAUAGGGAGCAGACUAGGGGGAAUGUUUGGUAG